UCGAAUAAAGUUUUUAUUAUGAUCGGUUCUCCGGUAUUCGCUCCAAUUUCGUCACAUCCUGUCAGUUAUGGCAAAUUCUUCCGGGAGGGGGCGUUCUUUUUCACUUUAGGAGAAAUUAGGGAAAAUAUUUUUAUGUAGAAAGAGAAAUUAUGCACGUCGAUAUAAUGUAAAAUUAUCGCCCAAAGUUAUAUUGAUAGAAAAAAGCAGCCCGAUCAAUCUCUUGUAACGGCGAAGCAACCCGAAUUAAAACAAUUGCGGAUGUCGAAGCAGUGAUUGCUCGUAUGCUUUUGUUAAUGAUGUCUUUGGAAAAAAAUGGCUUUCAGAUUAUUAGUUUUGCUUCUCUAUAUUAGGCAAGCAAAAAUCUUGUCUAUUUUUUGUUAAGAGAAAUCAGAUAUCUGCAUUUGUGUGCAUUUAACAAAUGGCCGAAAAACGAGGCCUGAAAGGGUUGGAAGAAUGGUGUCGGAGAAUCACGGAAGGAUAUGACGAUGUCCAUAUUAAAGAUAUGUCGCAUUCGUGGAGAGACGGCUUAGCAUUCUGUGCUAUUAUUCACCAUUUUGUACCUGAUUUAAUAGAUUUUAAUUCACUCUCUAAAGAAAAUAUUCUUCACAACAAUUCACUGGCAUUUGGCAUUGCAGAAAAACAGUUGGGUAUACCUGCAUUACUAGAUGCUGAAGACAUGGUUAAUUGUAUUGAACCCGACAGACUGAGCAUAGCUACGUAUCUUUCACAGUUAUAUCAAUAUUUUGAAGGUGGAGGCAAUAAAAGAUUUUCUGAUUCAAGUAAAUUUUUAAAGCAAGAAUUUCAUACUCAAAAUUUUCAAAAUGAUUCAAUAAAAAAGUUGGGUGGCACUGUAACUGAAUUUCCAUCAAGAAAAAAGUAUGAGACAUGCCAAUCGUGUAAACACAGAGUAUUUAUUCUUGAAAGACUCAUGGUUGAUGGUAAAUUAUAUCAUCGAACAUGUUUUAAAUGCUGUCGUUGUCAAGCAUUACUGAAACCUGGAGCUUAUAAUGAAGGAGAAGUGCCUGGAACUUACGAAUGUACGAUAUGUCCUCGGGACGAAGAAGCCGAAUCUUCACAAGCGGAUUCAUCAGUUAGUGCAUCCGAAGAAAAAUUGAACAUACCUUUAGAUUCUAGUGAAAAUAUAACUAGAAAAGAAAAUUUUCAAACAAAACGUGUUUCUGAUACAUUUACUGAAGCAAGAAAGGUCUUCCUCCAAAAUAAUUUAAACAAAGAAACUGAAAUUAAAUUGCAUAAAGAGAGUUUUCAUGAUAGAGAAAACAUUCCAGAAUCAAACUAUUUAAAAAAGAAUGGAGAAAUAGAAGAAACAGAUAGAUCAUUUGAUUUGAAGAAAGAAGAAAUGGAAGAUCAAACUUCAUUAGAAAUGAAUAAAUCUGAGAAAAUAUCUAAUCAAAUGCCAUUGUUAAAAAAGCCUCCCAUUGCAAAGAAACCUGAUUUUUCUCAUAUUUCAAAAUGUUUGAAUUCGUCUAGAGAAAAUGAUAAUUCAGAAAAUAUCGAAGAUAAUCUUCUGUCUAAAGAUACAACAAAAACUGACAUCUCUUCUCCUUUGAAAUAUCAAAGUGUUUUUAAUACAUAUAAACCUUUUGUUUAUAGCCAGAAUGAAGAAACAAAAUCAAUGCAUUUAAAAUCUCUACAGCGAAGUAUCUCCGAGCAAAAAUGUGAAACAAACGAUCAAAUUAAAAGCGUCUCAGACUUACCCGUCAUCAAGUCUUCCAAAGAAAAUGCACCGUUCUUAAGCAGAAGUCUUUUGAGAACAACAAGUGACAACAAUAUCCAACAAACUGCAAAGCUUUCCAGAUUAUCAGAAGCUUUAUUAUUUCCAACGAAAGGCAAAGAAAAUGAAGAAUUACAAAAUGUAUUACAUAGUAAAUGGAGUAAACAAGGAACAUACCACAAAAUGUACAGUAAUAAAAGUUUUACAAAUUUGACUGAUUUAAAAAAUUCUUUUUCAAAGAAAGCCGACUUCUCAAACGAUGAAUAUGUCAAUUUGGAAUUUCCAUCUGAAAAAAUCAAAGUUGAAAAUAGUACUUCAGAAAAGGACAUCAAAAGUAAUAUUAUUUGUGAAGAUGAGAAGAAAGAAGUCGAUUCUGUUUGUGUUAAAGAGGAAGAUAAAUUAGUUUGCGAUGAAAAGAAUGAAGAAAUUGAUACAAAAAAUGAUACUUCAAUUGAAAAUAAUGAAAAAAUCAAUUCAAUAAAAUUAUAUAAUGAAACUGAUGAACAAAAAAUUGACAAUUCAAAAUCUCAAAUAGUCGAAGUUUCACAAUCAAAUACUUCUGAAGUAACAUCAGAGCUUUCAAAUAGUGUAAAAAUUGAUUAUCCUAUAGAUUUAAAUCCUUUUGGAGAUGACGACGAUGAAUCCGAGAUGACAGCAAAGGAAAAUUAUCCAGAUGAUUUAAAUCCUUUUGAUACGUCUGAAGACGAAGACAAUGAUGACGAAACUUUAUCUUUGAAUAAAUCAAGUAUUCUUUCGACAGACUCGUGUAAUGUUUCCAUUGAUAAUGAUGAGUACGAUAGAAAUUUCAAUCCAUUUUAUUCGUCUGAUGAUGAUUGUAAAUCCAAUGGUUCAGAUAUUCAUAGCCAUUCCUCAUUUGAUUCUCAUUAUAGCAGCUCUAAUAUUUCAGAAUUGAGAAAUGAAAUAAAAAAGAAGAGAAAAGCUCCAUUACCACCGACAUUGUCACAAUCACUUCUUAAUAAAGAAAAUUUAAGAAAUGAGUUUAAGACAGAUAAAAAGAUUCAGACGAAGCAAAUAAGACCAUCGCCUCGUUUGUCUCAAAAAAAGAUUGCACCCAAACCACCCGUUAGUAUAGAUGAUAAACAGAACACAACAGAUUCUGAAGUUAGUGAAAAUGUGAAAAAUAAAUUAGAGAAAGAAGAUAAAAAUGUAGAAUCGUCCAUUCAACCUGUUACAAAUAAACCUAAACAAUGGAGGAGAAAGAAAAGACCUGCUCCUUCAGUACCCGUUCCACGGAAAAGAGAGAUCAAGAUGAUCCCCAUUGAAGAUAUUAAAGCCGAAAUGUUGGACAUCGAAAAGAAGCAGCAACAGUUGGAAAAGCGAGGUCGAGAAUUAGAAAUGUUGAUCAGAGAACGUGAAGAUUCUGAAAUAUCCAUGGAAGAAGAAAAGGCCAUAUUAGAUUUAUUCGAGUUAGUAAAUCUGAAGAAUGCCUUAUUUAGAAGACAAGCUGAAUUAAUGUACAUAAAAAGAUCUCAGAGAUUGGAAGAAGAACAGGUAGAGAUUGAAUUCCAAAUUCGGUGUCUGAUGAAUAAACCUGCCAACGAAAGAAGAGAAGAGGAUGCUUCAAAAGAGGAAGAGUUGCUCCAGAGACUUUUGGAUGUGGUUGAACAACGAAACGAAAUAGUAGACACUAUUGAAAUGGAUAGGAAAAGUAGGGAAUUGCAAGAAGACAAAAGUAUAAAAGAACAUAUGGACCAGAAACAAACGGAAAUGAAAGAAAAAUGGAAAGGAACUCUAAAGAAGAAGAUCAAGAACAAAGAUAAAAAAUCAAAAGGAAAGAAUAAAAAACAAAGUUCUUCCAAAGGCGAACAAACAAACAAAGAUUCAAAACAUAAAAAAAAUUGGUUUUAAGAAACUUUUAUAAAAAUUUUAUGAUAAAUGACGACUGUAAUUGCUGGAUAAUGAAAUAGUAUCCAAGCCAGUGUACAGUACAAACACUGUAAUUUGUGUACAGAAAUUUAAAUUUAUUUAUAACUAACUAGUUUAUACAUAAAAAUAUUUAAUUUUAAAACGAAAUCUUCCAACAUGUUAAAUUCACAAACAGUCUGUACACUUCACUAAAUUGUUAUUACUUAAUUUUUUUUAAAUUGUAAAAUUUUACAUAUUUAUAAUUGUGCCAUUUUAAGAUGCGUUAGAAAUCUCUUACAUCGCGGGAAAUCGGAAGUAGUCGAGAACAAAACUAAUGUUACUAAAAGUUUGCAGCUUAAAAAUAAUGUUAAGGAUUAACCGCAGAUUAAUUUGUUCUCAAAAUGAAUCAUUGCUAAGGAAAUUAUUAUUAUGUACAUAAAUUGAUUAAGUGAACCUAAUGUAUUUGGGUUAGAAUAAAGCAAUUAGCCUAAUUUUUUGGGAAAACAAUUGGAACAAUUUUCGUUUUUAUAAAUGUGUAAAUUAAUUUUAUAAUUUUCGUUUUAUCAUUGCAUAAUUUUAUUAAAUCUUGAUGCAUCAAGUAAAAAAGAAUAAUAAUAAUUUUCAUAUUGUAAAAUGUAAAUGUUGGUUGUAUCUAUUUGAUCUCUAUUUACAAUAUUGUAUAAAUUUCUUUUACUUAAAUGAGAACACUAUUUUAUAAAUUAAAAAAAUUUUUAUAAGAAUUAAUGUUAUACAGUAUAUAUUAUACAUGUAUAUGGUGCUACCAGAGUGUAAAUUUUGACAAUGGCAGCUACAAUUAAAAGUUUAAUGAAAAAAAUUAAAAAUAGUUGCUAAAUGCUGUUA